AUCAUCAACAGAUUAAUGAUGCGGUUGAUUAAUAUUAUUUUAUGCUGCUGCUGCGUAUUUACUGGUCACUUUUCAAAUGGAAGCAGCAUUGACAGUUCAGAAAUCAAAUCACAGCUCAUCAAUCAUACGAUGGAAUUAAUUGAUAGAUGUUUUGCAAAUAAUUCUAACCCACUGAUAAUAUCUUCUGACUUAGUUGAUGACCAAGUGGCAAGCAGGAGUAUUGAUAAUGGAAGUCCGCUGGUUGUCAUAAAUGAUGAUCAGAGACGGAAGCAAAUGGAAGGAUAUCUUCCCAGCUAUCCUACGUACAUCCUCAGAUUCGAAUCUCUGCAGAAACUGGUAUCACUCAUCUUUGGGUUCAUGGGCUCAACAAUCUGGAGUAUAAAGUCACCAAUUUUCAUUCUCGACAUUUCUGGAGGAACGCAUGAUAAAAACGCUUCGAUGGUUCUUGGUUUCCUUGGAAGUCUCGAUAUAUUGGUAUCAUAUUAUGAGUGUUAUGAUGACAAAAAAGAUUCAACCAUGGUCUACACUCAGAACCUUUUCACACAAUACGCUCUGCCACCUUGGAAUCAAGUUAUAAUUGCAAAUGCCAAAAGCAAUAGUAAAACAAAGUCGGUACUAUACAGUCUGCAGUAUCCGAAAGAUUUGAAGAACAACUAUAAAAACAUUUAUUUUGAUAAAACUCAGUACUUAGGUGGUCAUGAAAUAAAAUUAAUGAUCCCUAUCAUUGAAAAAAAUGUACCUGAACAUGAAACGCAGUAUUCAAUUCUGACACAGAAAACAGAUUAUUUGACGGCACUCACCGCAAUCCACAUAAAUUUUCAGUUGAUCUUCACCACACUUUUGGUUUUGUUUAUAAUUGCAGUAAUCAUAAUCAUGAACAAUAAAUUUAACGUGAGUGAAGGAAUCAUGGACAUAGUGAGCAUGUCACUGAGCAUGGGGAUAAUGUCUCCAAUGGGACGUCUCUCGAUGAGGAUCAUUUAUUUCUUCGGAUUUUUAUUCAUUUUUGUGGUGAUGCCCGAAUUCCAAGGACAAAUCUCGGUUAUUCUAUCCCAACCUGCAAGACGCAAUGUCGAGACCCUAAAGGACUUGUUCGACAAUAAGUAUCAUGUAGUUUACGAUGCGAUAUUGGAAAAAGACAUGAUUAAUGAAAAAUUGUGGGUGACCGAAGAGGACCAGAAAUACUUGCAUCCAUCAUCUCAUGCUGGGCUGCAAGAAUGUGCGAUAGAAGCCCAACAAAAUUCAGGUAUCGCUUGCAUCUGCUCUACUGAUCAACAACUACUCAACGUUUUGAACCUUAAAAAUCUCUAUGUAUCAAAGGAAAUCACGUUCAAGAAAUAUUUUGUGUAUUGGUCAAAGAAGAACUGGGCGCUGAAGGAAAAAAUUGAUAAGCUCCGUUCAAUACCGGUGGAAACAGGAAUAAUUUACCAUAUCGAUGAAGAGGUAACGAAAAACCUAUGGAGAAAAAUAGAAAAGAUGGAGAAAAUCAAAGAAGCUGAAAACUAUGAACGGAUUGACUUCGAUAACUUGGUGUUUUAUUUCAUUGUGUUUGCGGCUAUUUUGGAAUUGUGGAGUUUGGUCAUUUUUGGAAUUGAGCUUACUGUUCACCACUAUCACUCUAAACAUCAAAGACAAGAAAAGGAGCGACGACAGUUCAUUGAGAGAUUGAGAGCACAACCAUGGAAUAUUUCAUCCCCAGGUCGAAUAGUUCCGUCAACUUCUCGCGAGUGA